UUGCCUUUCAACACUACGGAGAUUUCAUUUUGUUUGAGGCUGGAUAGAACUGAAAGCAAGCCAGACGCCAGAGCAAAGGCUAUGAUGGCUAAGAAGCCCCCGAAACCUGCCCCUCGUAGGAUCUUCCAGGAAAGACUAAAGAUCACUGCUCUACCCCUGUACUUUGAAGGAUUUUUAUUAGUCAAACUGUCUGACUACCAGGAGUACAAACACUAUUGGACGGAGCUGAGAGGAACCACACUGUUCUUUUACACUGACAAAAAAAGUACAACUACAGAAAACACAGAGAGUGGAGAAGAGUGGAGGGGCUUCAUUCUUACAGUAACAGAGUUGUCAGUUCCUCAACACGUGUCACUUCUACCUGGACAAGUGAUUAGACUGCAUGAAGUCUUAGAGAGAGAAAAGAAAAGAAGGACUGAGACAGACCAGCUGCCAGUUGUGCCUGUGGAGAAAGAGAAGGAGCCGGUACAAGACUAUGCAGAUGUACUGAACCCUCUGCCUGAAUGUUUUUAUGCAGUUUCCCGGAAAGAAGCAACUGAGAUGCUCGAAAAGAACCCUUCUUUGGGAAAUAUGAUCCUGAGGCCUGGUAGUGACAGCAAAAACUACUCCAUCACUAUCCGCCAGGAGAUAGAAAUGCCAAGAAUCAAGCACUUCAAAGUGAUGCACACUGGAAAUAACUACACCAUCGAGCUGGAAAAACCUGUAACACUUCCAAACCUUUUCAGAGUCAUUGAUUAUUUCGUGAAGGAGACUCGAGGGAAUUUGAGACCAUUUAUAUAUUCAGCUGAUGACAACUUUGGUCAAGAGCCCAACAUAGAAGACAGGAGUGAGAAGCUUAAGAAAAAUCCACACAAGGCAUGAAAUAACAUGACACCUGCCUUCAUGUAUCUUGGUAUUUAUUAUUUUCAGAAAGAAGACUUUCACUUUUAAAGAAAACAAUCUCUAUUUCCCUGACCUAGUUUCUAAAUCACUCAUUUGGGCACAAAACCAAAAUAAUGUAGCAUAUAAUUUGAUUAUCAGCAGGAAAAUAAUUUACUCACCACCAGCCCUCCAUCGAGUAACUUGAUACAUGCAUUUCUUUGCACUAAGUAGAAAAAAAAAUUACUAUCUAAAAC